CAAAUUUCGGCCCUAGUCUUGAAUACCUGCUUACUUGCAACAGCAAAGAGAGCUCAGAAAAUUACUUGUCCUAUGGAUUACAAGAUCCUUAAACUGGCCAACUGCACGUGAAAUUUCUGAUGGUGGGAAAUAAGUGAUGACUUCACUGUUUUUUUUAUAUUUUAAAACUAACUAUUUGCAUUUUGUUUCUUUUGCAGAUCAUCUGAAAGGAGAGGUAACACAGAGACAUAUUCAAAGAGCUGUUCUAGCUGUUUCCGAUCCUUCUGAAGUGCUAGAUGCUCUUGAUCCAGUAGAAGAGAAACUUCGAACUCAAAUUGAAGAAGAGAAAAAAAGUUAUAAAACAAUGUUCAAUCGCUUGAAAGGGCUGAAGGUAGAGAUUGAACACCUGCAGCUUCUCAUGGAAAAAGCCAAGAUGAAGCUGCAAAGAGACUUUGAAGUCUGGUGGACUGAAGAGGGAACAAAUCUACAGACCCAGCAAGAAAAGACAGAGUUGGUUAGCUCACCAAAUACCACGACGAUUUAUCCCCAGUUUAUCAAAUCUUCACAUCCAUCAGCUAACAGUUUUUCAGAGACCACAAGAGCCAAUUCCAAUGAAGAUCCAUCUGGGAAAAACAAUUCAAUCGUUUUUAGUAACCCAACUACAAAAAUAAGGACCUCACCAAUCUCAAGUACGUCUAUUCCUCUGACUGGAGACAGCCAGACUGAUGCUGACAUCCUAGCUUUCAUUAAAGCAAGACAGAACAUUCUACAAAAGAAAGGUCUGGGAAACAAAUGAAGUUCUUGUGGCAGUCCACUAUCCACUAUUUCCUUUUAGAAUCUGUUAAUGAUCUUUCUUCUUUACCUUCCUCUUCUGAGAAGAAACGGCAUCUUUGGAAUGUACAGAUUUAAAUACAAUGAUAUAAAAGUGACUUGUAUUUGACAGCAAAAAUCUACUUCUUCAGGGGAUUAUAUUUGAAUAUUUGUGUUUGGUUUCAGCAUCUUGCAUUAAAACUAAGCAAAACUAAAACAAAUAAUCAGGAUUUUGCCAAAUAUAUUUGUUUAUGGGGAAUUUAUUGUCAGUUUUGUAGAGGUUAAAUUUAUUUAAUGUAUUAAUGUUCUUCUACAUCUUUAAUCUGGGGAAUACAUAUUUCUACUGAUUGAAUGUUGUUUUUUUUACCUCCUUUGGUAUGUAUAUACUGGAAGCUUGCAAAGAAAUCAGGUGAAAUCAACUGGUUUAAUUUGCGUGGAUUUGCAUAUGGCAUUACAAAUUACAUCUAUUUGGCAUUUAGAGAUGUCUGAAAAAAAGUUUUCUGGGUUAAAAAAUGUUACAAAAAUAAUUUGAGAUCUUUUGCUGAUUUUAAUUGUACCCAAUAUUUUCAUUUUAA